ACAGUCAGUUCCUCUUUGUUUUGCAUGUUGAAGGUUCACAUCCGCUUGAUCUGCCUGCGGGUCAAUACAGCUUUUUGAGAAGCUGGGACUGAACGUGCGGACGGAUAUUGUUAACAAACAGUCCACUGUACAAACAAGAUGCCUGUGGUGUUAGAUGCCUGUGGUGUUAUGUUGCUGAUGGUGGGCCUGGUUUCUGGCAAAAUUGUUUGUCCAGACGGGACAGAAUGUGAAGACAAAAAUACCUGCUGCCAAACUGAGACAGGAUAUGCAUGCUGCCAAUAUCCUUCUGCUGUAUGCUGUCCAGACAAGGCCCACUGCUGUCCACCAGGGUACCAGUGUGAUGUAGGGACUCAGCUGUGUAAGAAAAAGGAGCUUCAGUUGUAUAGAAUCCCUCUUUCCCCUCAGAUACCUGCAGAGGAGGAGGAGAAAAGUGCUCCUGCUCCUCUGGUGAAAUCUGACAAUCCUUCUGUCUCUGUGCUUCACUGUGACAAUACCUUUGUCUGCCCUGAUGGUACAACAUGCUGCAGGUCUCCUUUUGGGCAGUGGUUCUGCUGCAUAUACAAUCUGGGUCAGUGCUGCCUUGAUGGCGUUCACUGCUGUCCCUUUGGUUAUCACUGUGACAGCACAUCCACCCACUGUUUGAUUGGAGUCCUGAGUCUUCCUGCAUCUCCACAGAUCGCUGCUGUGCAGAUCAACACCAAUCAGGAUAAGUGAUGGCAGAGCGAGACAGACUGCUGUCCCAUUGGGUUUCGCUGUGACGAGAGCAAAUCCUGCAAGAGCACAUUUGAUGUUCUUCGAACAGAAGGCUAGGUCCAGAAAAAAAUCAGUAAUGACAUACAGUAUUUUAUUUGAUCAACAAGUGUAUAACUUUCUUAAGCUCCAUAGAUAAAUUUUUAUUAUGCCACAAUAAACAGGAACAGUUACACUGCAUAUAAUUCAUUUCUCAUUUUGAACAAACAAGAAACAAAAAAUAAUUGACUCAAUGCAAAUGUAAAUUAAUAAAAAUCAGUAUAAUCACAAAA